AUGAGUAAUAUUCAUGAUGUUGUGAUUAUAGGUUCAGGACCUGCUGCACAUACUGCAGCUAUUUAUUUAGGAAGAUCUUCAUUAAAACCAGUUAUGUAUGAAGGAUUUAUGGCAGGAGGAGUAGCUGCAGGAGGACAAUUAACUACAACCACUAUAAUUGAAAAUUUUCCAGGAUUUCCAAAUGGAAUUGAUGGAAAUGAAUUAAUGAUGAAUAUGAGAACACAAUCAGAAAAGUAUGGAACUACUAUCAUUACAGAAACAAUUGACCAUGUUGAUUUCUCAACACAACCAUUUAAAUUGUUUACUGAAGAAGGAAAAGAAGUACUUACAAAGUCAGUUAUUAUUGCAACAGGUGCUACUGCUAAAAGAAUGCAUGUUCCAGGAGAAGAUAAAUAUUGGCAAAAUGGAGUUAGUGCAUGUGCAAUUUGUGAUGGGGCUGUUCCUAUUUUCAGAAAUAAAGUAUUAAUGGUAGUUGGAGGAGGAGAUGCAGCUAUGGAAGAGGCACUUCAUUUAACAAAAUAUGGAAGUAAAGUUAUAAUUCUUCAUCGAAGAGAUACAUUUAGAGCAAGUAAAACUAUGCAAGAACGAGUAUUAAAUCAUCCAAAGAUUGAAGUAAUAUGGAAUUCUGAAUUAGUUGAGUUAGAAGGAGAUGGUGAUUUAUUAAAUGGAGCAAAAAUUCAUAAUCUUAUUUCAGGAGAAUACAAAGUUGUUCCAGUUGCUGGGUUGUUUUAUGCUAUUGGACAUAGUCCAAAUAGUAAAUUCUUAGGUGGACAAGUUAAAACUGCUAAUGAUGGAUAUAUUAUUACAGAAGGACCAAAAACUAGUGUUGAUGGUGUAUUUGCAUGUGGGGAUGUAUGUGAUAGAGUAUACAGACAAGCUAUUGUAGCUGCAGGAAGUGGAUGUAUGGCAGCUUUAAGUUGUGAAAAAUGGCUUCAAACUCAUUAA